CAUCAGUCGUGCUAUUAGAGAGGCUGCCCUCGUGGUAAGAGGAUCAUUGUGACAUAGUGUGUUUUUCAUAAGCCAAGAUUAGACAUGCUGACUGAGGUUUUGUUAUGGUUGAUAUGGAUGGGCGGUGUUUGGAUGCUGUUAAUGGUUGGUGUGUGGGGAGUUUGUUGGUCACUGCAACCUUUACCUCCACCACGACAUGCAACGCACCCCUAUUCCAACCCCUCCUUCUUCUUUCCUCUCAAAGUCAUCAUAUUUUAUUUCAUCAUUAAGUUCAGGAAGAGAACUGGUGGUAGUAUGGAGGGUGCCGGAUACGGUACCAAGUCACAUGGCAGACAGGACCUUAUGGAGCGCCCUCAGGUCCUCCACUCCUGUCCAAAGGCUAUUGAUGCUGUGUUUUUUUCUGGUGCUGCUGAUGGCUGGGGAAUCAUUCUGGCUAUGGAGAGGCGUCCGAACAGGCUCACAUCAGUGGUGGUCUACCUAAAGGUCCCCAACACAGGAGUGCUUACGCUACCCUGCCAUCCAGACACAGUGACAUUCAGGCCGGAAGAUGCAGAAGAUGCGUUUUGUGCUGCAGGGCUUACCAUCUCUCUGCUUACUCCUGUGAAGUCCUGGAAGCUUCAGUUUUCAGGAAAAUUAAGGCUGCACAGUAAUCCAAAAGAUGAUCCAAAAGAUGUGAAAAUUGACCUGCACUGGGUUUCUAACCUUCCCCUUUUUGACUACGAUACUGAUAUGGAUGUCAUGACUACUGCCCAGGCCUUCGCCCAGGAGCCAUGGACCAGGCAGUACUUUCAGCAGCUGCGGGAGCACCACCAGACUCACUAUGAGCAAAUGGGACACCUCCAGGGCUAUGUGACUCUUGAUGGAGAGUCACACAAUAUCUACCUGCCAGCCUUCAGGGAUCAUUCCUAUGGAAAGCUGCGUGACUGGCGGCUGAUGCAUCGCUAUGUGUUCCAUCACAUUUUUCUGGAGAAUGGAUGCAAGGGUGUAGUGGGUGUAGUAUGCCAACCAUCAACAUGCUCCAGACUAGUGCUUGGAAACUGGUGGUGCAACAGUGGGAAGGGAGCAGCAGUGACAUGGGUGGAUUUGGACCUGAAGCAGCAUGGGGAGAGAGGAACACCACCCAAAGACUACGCCUUCACCUUCAUUGCCGGAGGAGAGCAGCAUGUGGUGGAGGUGGAAGUGGUGGCUUCUCCACAACACUAUCUGGGCUGGGACUGGGAGGCUCGCAUGGUGGAAACGUGGGUGAAGUACCGUGUGGAUGGAGUAUCUGGCGCAGGGAUCUGUGAAUGGAAUUACCGGCACUGUGAGGGCCGGCCUGAGGAGCUCAAUACCCAAGACCCUGAGUGGGCAGCCAAGUACCGACCUAAAUACUUGGCAGCCUGACCAGUCACAAUCCCUCAGUCCAUGACAGUCUCAGGUGAAAGCAAAACAUGGUGUGGUAAUAGUUUGGAUGGGUGCUUGCUGACAGGAAGUGUGUCAUACAGCUUGUAUAUAGGCAACAACUCUUAAGAAGUGUGUUGUGACCUGGACAGCUGACCAUCCAAUUAAAGAAACUUAAAAAUGUUGAUAACUUUUAACCUGCAUUCCCUAGAUGCAGAUUUAUUUUGCAAAGUUUUUCUGCUUAUAAAUCUUCUUGACUAAACCUAAGUGAAUAAUAUGUAUGUCAGUUCUGAAGAUGAGAUGUCUGUUUGCAAUAGAGUGAAAUAAAUGUACUUUAAAUUAA